AUGAGAAGCAUCAAUCAAGUGAGAUUGAACAAUGGCUUGACCAUACCUGUAAUUGGUAUGGGCACCUACUCUUUUGAAAAUGAUAGGAAAACUACUGAGAAUGCUGUCCAAAUGGCCCUUAAGAUGGGAUACAACCACUUCGACACUGCGCAGGUGUAUGGUUCCGAGCCCGCCUUAGGGAAUGCGUUAAGGGAGGCCAUCACUAAUGGGACGACAGAAAGAGAAGCGGUAUUCGUCACCUCGAAGUUGUGGGGAAGUCAUCACCAUGAUCCUGUCUCAGCACUAAAGCGAACUCUAAUGAACCUCGGAAUGGAGUAUGUGGACAUGUAUUUGGUGCACUGGCCGGUGAGCCUGAAGCCAUGGGUGUUCCAUCCAUUGCCGGAAGAAGACGAUUUCGAGCAAUUAGACAUGGAGACAACAUGGGCUGGAAUGGAGAAAUGCUUAGAGAUGGGGUUGUGUAGGGGUAUUGGAGUCAGCAAUUUCUCUUGCAAGAAGAUUGAGAGUUUGUUGGAUUUUGCAUCAGUUACUCCUGCUGUGAAUCAGGUGGAAAUGCACCCGAUGUGGAGGCAAAGGAAGCUAAGGGAUUAUUGCAGGGAUCACAAGAUUCAUGUAAGCGCCUACUCAGCUUUGGGGGGACCUGGAAACUUCUGGGGUUCAACAGCUGUGGUUGAAAGUCCAAUCAUACAGUCCAUUGCUCUCAAACACAAAGCAACUCCAGCCCAGGUUGCAUUAAGAUGGGGAUUGUCCAAGGGGGCAAGCGUGAUCGUUAAGAGCUUCAAUGAAGAGAGGUUGAAGGAGAACAUGGGAGCACUUGAUCUCAGACUGGAAGAAAACGACAUAAUUGAAAUCGAGAAAAUGGAGGAGAGGAAGAUAAUGAGGGGGGAAUUCUAUGUCAAUCAAACAACAAGUCCUUACAAGACCAUCCAAGAAUUGUGGGAUGAUGAGAUUUAGGGAAAAUCCAUCUUAAGACAAAAUGUUCUUGCAAUCGACAUAUGAUUGUUCUCAUGCGAAUUCUGUAACUUUUCAUGAUUAAUGGGAUAACAUGCUUGUAACAUAAUAUGGGACUCUGGCAUUUGGCCAAAUUAAACAUAGGGGAUCCUCUGUGGUUCACCAAAAUUUCACAUAAAGUACCGUAAAAGAUAGAUUGAAUCAAAGGAAUA